CAGGAAGUUUAACGAACAAGAAAAAUUAUGAACCAUAGAAAAUGUUCAUUCAUUUCUUUUUUUGCACAUGGAAUAACCUGAUGCAUUGAUCUAGAAUGGCCGUCGUGGAAGUUAUUGCCGUGUGUGCCGUGCUUUCAACUAUUGCAGUAUCUGCUCAUGUCUGCACCCCCAGUAAACUAUCGGACAGAGCCUUCGAUCAGUGUGGACAAACGGGGUUCGCGAUGAAGUGUAACGGAAGUAAACUACAUUUCAUUCCUAGCGAAUAUCCUAUCCCGUCACCGCCUCUGUCAGGGCCAGCAUGUGUUCUUGACCUCAGCGAUAACAACAUAAAUGUUGUGGGAAAUGAAACGUUCACAGAAGCCAAAAAACAUGAAUUCAACUGAGAUUUCGUAUCUGAAUAAAAAUCAUAUUUGCAGUCUAGAAGGUAACGCAUUUGUUGGACUAUCGAAUUUAAAGUAUUUAAACUUGUCACAUAACAACUUGUUGUGGAAGGACAGCUUCGCCCCAGGAGUCUUUGCGCCACUGAUUAACUUAGAAAACAUAAAUCUAAAGUGCAAUAGGUUCGACACGUUUGAUGGUCUAGAGAAAGAACUGAAACUGAUGAGAUUAGAGGGUUUAUUUAUUACACCAAGCAAUUACACAAAUAGUUAUUCAUUCGGGGAAGGCUUUCGAAAAAUUCACUUAAAGUCUUUGUACUUGUCAUCGACACCUGAAUGUAAUUGCUAUUUAAAGGAGAAAGACAACAAUUCAUUUCGAAAUCUUUUACAUAUUGAGAAACUUUAUGUGCGUGAUUGUCACAUUGCAAGCAUAACUGAAGACGCAUUGAAACCACUUAACAAAACCCUCCAAGUCUUAGAUAUAUCAGGUAAUUCAUACCUGACCUUCAAGGGCAUGAAUAAAGUACUAAGUGGUCUUAUCAAUUCAACAUCACUAAAGGAGUUGUAUGUGAAUCGCAUACAUGUUCCUUACAACCUUGGCAUAGAAAUAACGUCAGAUGACCUAAAAAGUCUAAAUACGUUACACAGUCUGGAGAAACUUUUUAUGGAUUUAAACACAAUAGAAGUGUUUAACGAGACAAUAUUAUACCCAAACGUUAUAUUUCCUCCAUCUUUAAAACUUCUCACGCUGGCAGGCAACAGACUCACACUUGGAAAAUACGUUGAUUACUUAUAUAUGGCAAGAAAUUUAACAACUUUAGAUAUAUUCAGACAAUAUUUUGGCUUUGAUCCAUUCAUGUUUAGACAUCAUGAUGUUCUACCCCACAUCACAAGUGAAACGCCACCGGCAGUGGUUUGUGAUGAAAAAAUAAACCAGCUUAUGUCAGAAAAGAAUCAGUGGACGAUAUCAACGGGGGAUAUAUUUGUGAUUUUGUUUUGCAGAAAAUGCUUAUACCCACCGCCGAAAUCAAACACAUAAAUCGAGGUGAUUGGGCAGCAUUGUUUGCCAACUUCCAAAACGCUUUCGAGGUCAAUUGCACGUGUACUCUUUCACUAGCCAGGAAAUUGACAUGUCUACCAGAACAGCUAUUGCACGUGCAAUGGUCUAGGAGUUAUUUGUACGGUGCGAUACCUCCAGUGUUAUUAUGUGGAGCGAAAAAUGUUGAAUUUUUGGAUUUAUCAUACAACUUCCUGUCAUCCUGGACAGGACCGGUGUUUGGUUUGCAUCAAUUAAAGACGUUGGAUAUGUCCGAAAAUAAUUGCGCAAAUAUUUCAAGACUCUUCUUUUUUGGACUUCAGAAUCUAGAAGUACUAAACCUCACAGGAAAUAUGCUACAAGAAACAUUUUACCCUAAUAGUGCAGAUGCAAGUGUUAUGUUUGGAAAUCAAAAGAAAAUGAAAAUUUUGAACUUGUCAGCCAUCAAAGUAAGCAGUUUGCAUCAAGAUUUGUUGAGUUCGAUGGUUGAACUUGAAUGCUUAAAUCUUUCCGAUAAUCACAUACAUACAUGGAACUUAAAAUUGAAUAGCUAUUGUUUCCAUUACCUCGAUUAAACAUCCAACAGACUAUCUAGUUUGCCGGAAGACCUCAUGGCUUUUUUGGACCAAAUUGCAAUGUCUGAAUGUAUUAAAAGCAAAGGUGGAAAUGUUACAGUUCAUAUGUCGCAAAACCCUCUUGAGUGAACAACUUCCAUUUUGGCAAUGGAUUGUUACCACUAGUGUUAGUGUCCAGGUUAGAAAUAUUGAUAGUUGUAUGCUCAAUGGAAAGGUCAAACCAAUUACAACUGUUGUUGACGUUCACAAUCUUGUGAAGCUGCUUGAAAAUGAUAUUUGCAAUGACCGACCAUGGAGAACUUGGGAAAAUGCUGGUGUAAGUUUGCUUAUAGGAGUUAUUGUUACAAUAACAUUAGGAACAGCUACAUAUAAAAAUCGAUGGAAUAUCAGAUAUGUUAUAUACAGUAGAGGACGGAGAUAUCCUCAUGAAGGGUUUGAACAUAUAUUUUCGCAUGAUGCGAUGAUAUCUUAUUCCAAAGGCAGAGCAAGCUUCAUGGUACCUUGCUCAGAACAGCGACACCAACUUGACUUCUGGAUAGCUGAUAGGAACUCCCAAGCAGGCGUGUCUGUCGCGGAGAAUAUCACACAUGCAAUUUGUACAAGCCGGAAAGCGGUGUUGCUUGUUGACAGCGAAUAUCUGUCUGAUUCUUGGUGUGACUUUGAUAUGAACAUGGUUCUAGUAGUCGUUGGAAACCAAACGUAAUAUGAUAAUUGUUGUGUUGAUGAAAAAUAUUCUGAUGAAUACUGUACCUGUCCCUUUGUACGUCUUCUUAAGACUGAGUGAUCGCUGGAGUACCCGGACCAACAACAAGAUAUAGAAACGUUUUUGACGAAUCUAGCCGAAGAGAUAAAAUCUUAAAAAUGAUAUGUGCGUUAGGUGGCAUUCUACCAAACUCACAUACGCCUAUGCCGGAAAUAUUAAUAUUGUUGACAACAUACUAGUUAUGCAUAAUUCUAAAAGAAUUAUUACCCUCGUCAUAUAUUGUUAACAAUUGUCUGUACAUACAUAUACUAAAUUUAGUUCUGAUCUACUUCUGUAACAUAUACAAGUUCUAUUGACAAGCCUGGGGUUUAAGAACUCAUGUUCUUUGUGUGAUAUUCUAACAACAAAGUUCAAAGCGGCUCUAUUCGUGAACGUAUUUGACCAAUGAAGAGCAAUGGUGGAUUUGCAUGUUCGGUGGCAUUAUGAAAUGAAAGGAACUUUUCAAAAUUGUUCGAGAGGUUUGAAAGAAGAUGUCGAUUAAAAUGGUUGUUAACGGACAGAUGAAAUGUGAUCACAAUACUCGAUGGCAAUGUCUAUAUGUCUGUUACAGCAUGUACUCAAACAAACACAUCGAAUCUGUAGCUUUGGCUAAA